GAAUCUCUAUGGGUGCGCGUGAGUUCAAUGUUACGGCUCGAAAAAAUUUUUGGUCCACGGUGUUGUUCGAUGCUUUACAGUGUUUUUGUCACAGCAAAUCAUACAUUUAAUUAAAUAUGGUUGUUACAGCCCAACAAAUAUGGGACCAGACACCAGGUGGGGUGUGGACUUACCUCAUUAUUUUAGCCAGUGUUUACAUUUUGUAUAUUCUCAGGACUUACAUCAGAACAGUCAUAUUUGUAUCCCGUUUAAACGGACCGAAAACAGUGCCUUUCCUCGGAAAUGCCAGAUGUGUUCUCAAAGAUAAUUUGCUGCAUAGACUGGCGCACGAAAGUCAGUCGUACGGUCGUAUCGUCAGGAUAUGGCUGACAGGAUUACCAUACGUAAUACUCAUCGAACCGGAAGACAUCCAAAUAGUCCUCAGCAGCAUGAAGCAUACACGCAAGAUAUUCUUCUAUAAAUUACUCGACAAUUUCCUCGGGAAAGGCUUGAUCACCAGGGACGUGGAUACCUGGAAGACUCACCGGAAAUUCUUGCAGCCUGCUUUUCAUCUUCAUAUUCUCGAGAGAUUUACGAGUACCUUCGCAGAAUGCGCGGACCAUCUGAUGGACCAGUUCCUUAAUAAGAAUAAUCAAGAAAUCAAUAUCACCUCUUUCAUCAAUGAUUCGGUGUAUGAUAUUUUAAGCGAAACUGUUUUGGGAAUCAACCGAGCUAGUCGACAAUCUGGUUUAAUCAUGGAUGAUGAUCUGCCUUUCAGAAAGGGACAAAUCAUGUUAUUGUACCGUAUGGUAAGACCCUGGUUGUUAAUUGAAUGGAUCUAUCGACUGACAAAACACGGAAGACAAGAGGAGAAACAACGGAAGGACCUAUUCGACACUUGCUUCAAAAUGAUGAAGGAGAAACGUGACCUCCUACGAAAUAAAAAUAUCAAUGUGAACGAAACGAAGAAUACCAAGAGGACAUCUUUGCUCGAGUACAUGGUUGAAAUGAACGAGAAGAAUCCUUGCUUCACCGACGAGGACAUCGUCGAAGAGUGUUGCACGUUUAUGUUGGCUGGACAGGAUUCAGUUGGCACUGCAACAGCGAUGACAAUUUUCCUUUUAGCCAACCAUCCUGAAUGGCAGGAGAAAUGUAUAGAAGAACUGGAUAAUAUUUUUAAUGGAAGUUCGAGGCUUCCAGCAAUGAAAGAUCUGAAAGAUAUGAGGUGCUUAGAGAUGUGCAUCAAGGAAUCCCUUCGGUUGUAUCCUAGUGUACCGAUAAUAGCUAGAAUACUCGGUGAAGACGUGAAAAUCGGAAAACACGUGGUUCCAGCGGGCUGUGGUGUAUUCAUAUCACCCUACAGCACCCAUCGCUUACCCCAUCAUUUUCCAGAUCCUGAAGCAUUCAAACCAGAACGUUUUAAUUCAGAAAACUCUGAGAAAAGGCAUCCCUAUGCUUAUAUACCUUUUAGUGCUGGACCAAGAAAUUGCAUUGGUAAUAAAUUUGCAAUGCUGGAAAUGAAAUCCAUGAUUAGUGCCAUUCUUAGAAAAUGUCGAUUGGAAUCUAUCCCGGGCAAAAAGGAGGUACGACCAAAAUUUAGGAUGACGAUCAGAGCGCAAGGUGGACUCUGGGUGAAAGUAGUUGUGCGGGAUCAAAAAUGAAAAAUUGUGUAAACUUAAUUAACUUAAUUAUAAUUUGACAAGUAUAUGAAAUCUUUGCUCAGAUUACUAGUAAAUUAUUGUUUUCGUACGUUUUUAGUGUAAGAGUCUUCGAUUUUUCAUUGUUUAAAAUAUAUCUAAUAUAAAUAGUAUCUUUAUUUAAUGAAAAAUCGAUGGAUUUUAGGAUUUAUAGUACCUUAUAAAAUAAUUGUAAUAUGUAUCUUAUAAUUCUUUAUAUUUUUAUUUUACGAUUAAACGUUAAACAUGUAAAUAAGUAAUGCUAGCUGUAAGUACCCUAUGUAAACCUCUUACCAUUUUUCUGUUACAUCAUGCUACAUCGAUUGAAAAUGAUAUUACAUCUCAGCAUUGCAAAAGAGUAGAAAGCUGUAAAAGAUAUUCAAAUUAACAUGUAUAAUAAUAUUAAUUUCAGCAUGUACAAGAACCCACGAAUUUUUAGAUGGGUAUUGUAAGAAACUUAAAACAAUAUAUUAUUCAGUUUUU